CGCAAGCGCACUGCCGGCGAGGCCAGUCCUGAGGGAGGAGGUGGAUCAUGGCCGCCUCCAUGAUGGGCGCCCGGGCGGCGGCGGCGGCGGCGGCGAAACAGCUGCUGGGCUGGGGCUGCGCGGAGCGGAGCGCCGCUGCCAAGGUAUUCAGUGGAAGACAAGGUUUGUUUCCUAGCUAUGUGUUCCAAGUGCAGCAACGAAGGAGCUUGUCGCUGCAUGAAUACUUAAGUAUGGAACUAUUAAAAGAAGCUGGCAUUUCUGUUCCAUAUGGAUUGGUUGCAAACACACCAGAGGAAGCUUACAAAAUUGCAAAAGAAAUAGGUACGAAGGACCUUGUUGUAAAGGCACAAGUUUUAGCUGGUGGUAGGGGGAAAGGAACCUUUGAAGGUGGCCUUAAAGGAGGAGUGAAAAUAGUAUUUUCUCCAGAAGAAGCAAGAGAGAUUUCCUCCAAAAUGAUUGGGAAAAAACUGUAUACAAAGCAGACAGGAGAAAAGGGCAGAAUAUGCAAUCAAGUGUUUAUCUGUGAGCGCAGAUAUCCCAGGAGAGAGUACUAUUUUGCAAUAACCAUGGAACGAUCAUUUCAGGGUCCUGUACUCAUUGGCAGUUCUCAGGGUGGUGUCAAUAUUGAAGAUGUUGCUGCAGAGAAUCCUGAUGCCAUAGCUAAGGAACCAGUUGACAUUGUAGAAGGCAUUCAAAAGGAGCAGGCCAUCAGGCUGGCCAAGAAAAUGGGGUUUCCUACUAAUCUGGUAAAUGAAGCAGCUGAUAAUAUGAUUAAAAUUUACAACCUCUUCAUUAAAUUUGAUGCUACUAUGGUAGAAAUUAACCCCAUGGUUGAAGAUUCUACAGGGAUUGUGAUGUGUAUGGACGCAAAGAUAAAUUUUGAUAGCAAUUCGGCUUAUCGUCAGCAGAAAAUCUUCGGCCUGCAGGACUGGACCCAGGAAGACCAGCGAGAUAGAGAUGCAGCCAAAGCAGAUCUCAAUUAUAUAGGAUUAGAUGGAAGCAUCGGAUGUCUUGUGAAUGGAGCUGGUCUUGCAAUGGCCACUAUGGAUAUAAUUAAACUUCAUGGAGGCACCCCAGCAAAUUUUCUUGAUGUUGGAGGUGGUGCUACAGUGCAACAAGUAACGGAGGCCUUUAAACUGAUUACAUCAGAUAAAAAGGUGCAAGCUAUUCUGGUAAAUAUUUUUGGAGGCAUUAUGCGAUGUGAUGUGAUCUCACAGGGAAUAAUUAUGGCAGUAAAAGAUUUGGAUAUCAAAAUACCUAUUGUUGUACGGUUACAAGGUACACGAGUUGAUGAUGCUAAAGCUUUAAUAACAGCCAGUGGUCUGAAAAUACUUGCCUGUGAUGACUUGGAUGAAGCUGCUAAAAUGGUUGUGAAACUCUCUGAAAUAGUCACCUUAGCAAAGCAAGCUCAAGUGGAUGUUAAGUUUCAGUUACCAAUUUGAUCAGACACGUAAUGUUGUUGUGUUCGGCUUUCUAAAAUACUGUUCUAUUAUUUCUUACUCCUUUUAAGUGUGAAGAUUUUACUUGCUUGAUAGGCAAGCUUGUAUCACCUUCCUGUUAAUAUUCAAAGUGUUUGCUGUAAUAAAAAAAAGUUAAAUACUUAGUUGCAGUCUCUCCUUCAGUUACAGCUACAGAAACAGAUGCUCUUCAUAUGGGGAAAUAUAACCUUGAGGUUGAAAAUGUGUGUUCCAAAUAAAAAAGUACAUAGCUUAUGUUGAUCUCAGUGAUAAACCUAACAGUUAGGCUUAGUAACAUAUUGUUGGCAUUUGUCUCGAGACAAUGGAGUGCACCUCCAGGGGUGAAGUCACACUGCUGCAAUAGCACCACAUUGCCCAGAAGUAUCUACUGGGCAACUUUAAGAGAAACAAUUCAUGUAGCACAGAAUACUAUGGUAAUACAGAUGAAUGUGUUGCGGUAUUCUGUAUAUGCAGUAUAUCAAAUAUAUUUAUAUUCUGCAGUACAGUGAAUGAACUAGAACAUACUGCUCACUAUUUAGGAACAGGGCAUUUUUACAGCCUGUGCUUUCUAAAGCAACAACUCUUUGAACGUUGUAAUUUAAUCAGUAUAAAAGUACUGUCUUCAUGAUUUUCUGGUACUUAAUUUAAACUAGCAUGUAGAUUUGUAUACAAACUAAUAAAUGCUUGUUUCUUUUAGUACUGGGCAGACAUAGUAUUCUUUAGAGUUGCAAAUAAAAUUUAUUCAAAGAGCUGAGCAUUGUUCACCUUCACAUAUAUAUAUAUUUAAAUGAAAUCAUUGUUACGGUAAAUAUUACUGUGAAAUGCGUUACUAAAAUCAGUGGGGAUCUGAAUGUUACAAUCUUGGCACUUACAUAGUGCCUUAGAGUGUACAAAAUGUUCAACAUGUGUUAUCUCUAAUAGUUGUGCCACAAAAACUUAGCUACAGCAAAGUGGGAAUGAAUGUUAUGUUAAUAGAUACACUUCCUUUUUAUAGAAAACUUCUUUUGGAAUAUAUGUUUAACAAGCUGCGUACAACUGGGAACCAGGGCCAGAUUUGUAACUAGGAUAAAUAAAGAAUUGGAAACUCUUCA